AUGUUGUCACUGGAAGGUAAAUCUUACUGUGCCAGUGCGUUCCUGGACAUAUCUCAAGCAUUUGACCACGUGUGGAAUGAGGGAUUGUUAUUCAAAUUGAAAAAUGCACUACCUGAUCACCUUUACUGGAUAUUAAAAUCAUUUCUCCAGCAGCGCCAUUUCAUAGUACAACAAGGGGAAGCUCUGUCAGAUAUCUGCCCUAUAAAAGCAGGAGUUCCGCAGGGCAGCAUACUGGGUCCCAUACUCUACUUACUUGUCACUGCGGACCUGCUGACAUCUGAAUCCUUAAUCACUGGAACCUUUGCUGACGACACCGCUAUACUGGCUACUCAUAGCGACCCAAAAAUAGCCUAA